CGAAACCGAAAGCAGAUAGCUUGCUACGACCCACCACUUUACAUGAUUGGAUUGUGAUUGAAGGAGUGGGACGGGUUUCGAGUUAUUUAUAUAUUAUUUCCCCCCUCCUUUCCCACAAUGGAAUAUUUUAUUUUCAGGAGGAAGGAGAAGAAAAAGUGGGCGGUAAUAUAACUUUUCAGGAUAUAGUCCGCCCUAAAACCCCACCGAAGAAGAUCACCAAUGCGAGUUGUUGUUCUUAUUUUUUACGCCAUAUGCAUUGACACGAGCGCAUAUUUCGUAUUAAAUUCCUUGUAUUAGAGUACAAUAAAUCAACGUAUUGGAAUUUUUAAAUUCGGAUUCACAUCUUCGAUUUCACUUGGAUCGUUUUCACUUUUGAACUUGUUUCUUUGUUUCUUUUUAUCCAACCAACUGUCGCACUCCCACUAUCCCUCGGACUGGUUUUGGCUCUCUGCAUCUUGAUAACGUUACAUUUUGAGAGGCACUUUUAUAACUUUUAUAUCACAACUUUUUACGCAACGCCAAAUAGUUGCGGCGGAAUUAAACUGUCGACGCACCGGGAUAUUCAUCGCCAUUCAGUGAAUACCUCGCACAUCAAACCUCAAAGGGUUAGUUUGAAAUCUGGUUGGGUCUGACCUACUUUUUACAGAUAUUGAGUCUGUCAAGGCUUGCCUAGUCGCCAUGGAGAGGCGGGACAGUCGCCAAGCAACAUCCGAUUACCCUCACCCAUUUAUACACAAACUGAAACUGACCAGGGCACAAAGAAUACGGGGCAUUGUGUUUGGCACCAUCCUCUUCCCCAUACGAAUCUUGCUGGUCGCCCUCUGCUUCCUGAUGAUGUGGCCUAUUGCCCGGCUGCGUUUGGCCGGCUUGUCAGAGGAGGAACGCUCCCGGCCAGUAGUGGCGGGGUGGCGUUGGUGGCUGCUACAUUCCAUCAUCCGGUUCCUGAGCCGGGCAGCGUUUUUCUUCCUGGGGUUCUGGGUCCGGGUUAAAGGACGUAGGGCAGGGCGUAAGGAGGCUCCUGUGCUGGCAGUGGCGCCUCACAGUAGCUUCCUGGACAUGUUGGUGCUGCCGGAAACCCAGUUAGCUACAGUGGUGUCCCGAUCGGAAAACCAAAAAAUCCCUGUUAUAGGGGCCCUCCUGGAGUUUAACCAGUCAGUGAUGGUAAAUAGGAAGAAUCCAGAGUCCAGGAAACAAGCUAUUGCGCAGAUCAUAGAGAGGCUCACCUCCAACGGCUACUGGCCACAGAUGCUGAUGUUCCCAGAAGGCACCACUACGAACGGCACCAUUCUCAUCAAGUUUAAACGUGGUGCCUUCCUGGCUGGAGUCCCAGUCCAACCAGUCCUGCUGCACUACCCUAACAAACUGGAUACUGUGCGCUGGACCCACAAGGGCACAACCUGGAUUGAGACACUGUGGCACACCUGCUCUCAGCUCUACACUAACGUUACUGUUGAGUAUCUGCCAGUAUACACCCCCUCUCAGGAAGAGAAGGAUGACCCUAACCUGUAUGCAGACAAUGUCCAGAAACUCAUGGCCAAGACUCUGGGUAUCCCAGCUACAGACCAUGUGAUGGAGGGGCGUGUUCCUACCAGAAUGCUAGGGGGGCUCUCCCUCCCCCUAGAACCCCCAGCCAGAGAAACCCUCUCACUGCUGCACAAAGACGGUCUCAGAGAGUCAGAGGUUGAGGUGGCACUAUCUCAGAUGAUUGACCGGUGUCAGUCCGAACAGGGUUGGGGGGCUGUUGUGGAUGAGCUGGUCCCUCUUAUGGGACUGACUGACAGACAGACUGCUGCUAAGAUCUGUGGUCUCUACUCAAAGGAUGACAAGGUGGAUCUCAGACAGAUCUAUCUAAGUGUGGCAGCUGUCUCCAGCUUUAUGGACUUCAAGUCUCUCCUUCACAUCGCCUUCACUCUGUAUGACAGAGAGGGUAGUGGCAGUCUGACAGCGGUGGAUGUGUCUGACCUGAUGGGGGCGGUAGUGGGGAGUCCUCAAUACCACACAGAGGAGCUGUACUCAGAACUGUCCCGGAGAGGCGUGCCCACUGAACAGGAGCUGUUCAGAGUGCUGACCACCCAUCCCACCUAUCAGAAGCUGAUCAGCGAGUACCUCACAUCUGAGGGGGCAGAGUCUACAAUGCCAUCUACUCCUCUGAUCAAUGGGAAGGUUGGGAACAAUAAUGAAGGAUUGCCUAACGACAACAGAUCGGCUUUGCUUCAUAAAACCGCUGAUAGCAGCUCGGCUCUACCCCACAAGAAGGAUGACUAAGUGAAGCAACUAUGAAGCAUAGUAAUUGAAUUCCUGACUGGGCAGUCUAUUUGCUGUGAUCUGAAGGGCUAUGUCCCUUCUAGAAAUUAUAUUUAUGUACUCUGAAGGCUAGUCUGUUGCUGGCUACGUCUCCAAUGACACCCAAUGAUGACUUUGAUGGCAAAUCCCCUUCUAGGAAUUAUAUUUCUAUGGGGUUUACACUGUUUUGAGAAAUGGAGAAAACCUGCACAAAGCAGCUCUACAGUAUCUACAGUAAGCCCCAUAGAUGUUAAAUGGAAUAUAUGUCAUGACUAGUUUGUGUGAGUCUCAGAUUAGUUAUAUAUUGUUUACAAUGUACAUAGCUAGCUAUGAUUAUUUCACGCAGUUCCGAGUCUGUUCGUCAAGAUGCUGUGAAAAUAGUAUCACAAUAGUUAUUUAUAAAUGUGAUGUUUUAAUAAAAUUAAGAGUUCUUGUAUUUUGUACUGCUUGAAAGAGAUGUGGUAUGUGAAUAAUUUGUAUUGUUUAAAGAACAAAAUAUAUAAACCAAAUGUAAAUGACAAUUCUCAAGAUUUUUUUUUUAUUGUAUUAUACAUACACCUGUAGAAAUCCACUUUUUCGAGCUGAAAGACAAUGGCCACAGUUUACUGGGCAGUUUACAUGUUGUGUUGCACAACAAUUUAAGUCUAUAAAAGUCGUUGUUUUAGUCAAGUAUGAUAUAUUGUUAACACAUGUUUCCCAUGCCAAUAAAGCCCUUGAAUUGAA